GGAGCAUCAUGGCACAGCAGGUCAGCAGCUCGCCCUUCCUCAAGCCCUUCUUCCUGAAGACGCCGGUCAGGGUGGUCAGUCCUCUGCAGCAGAGGAGACACACACUCCCCGCCAGCGAGUUCAGGAAUCUCACGCCGCAAGACGCCAUCAGUGUGUUCGAGAUUGAGAGAGAAGCAUUUGUCUCGGUGUCUGGAGAGUGUCCUCUCACCCUGGACGAGGUGCUUAAUUUCCUGGGUCAGUGCCCCGAGCUGUCGCUGGGCUGGUUUGAGGAGGGCCAGCUGGUGGCGUUCAUCAUCGGCUCCGGCUGGGACAAAGACAGACUCUCCCAGGAGGCCAUGACGCAGCACGUGCCCGGCGCCAACGCCGUGCACAUCCACGUCCUGUCGGUGCACCGCCACUGCCGCCAGCAAGGCAAGGGCUCCAUCCUCCUGUGGCGCUACCUGCAGUACCUGCGCUGCGUGCCGGGCCUGCGCCGGGCCCUGCUGAUCUGCGAGGACUUCCUGCUGCCCUUCUACCUCAAGGCCGGCUUCAAGCAGAAGGGCCCGUCCGCCAUCUCGGUGUCCAACAUGCAGUUCCAGGAGAUGGAGUGCACGCUCAGCGGGCAGGCGUACGCACGGCGGAACAGCGGCUGCUAG